AUGACUUCUUCUCCUGCUCAAGAUUUGACUCUCUUGGAGGCCAUUGAGGACAAACUCUCCUCUGUCCUUCAACGUCAGGAUUUCCAAGAAGCAAAAACUGAUGCCUUUUCUGCCAUCUUACAACACCUCUCACAGCAACUCAUCUCCCUCUCUACCUCAUCCACCAACCAGAUCCCACCUCAACCCCCUCCUGUGGGUACCUUGGGUGCUCAACAAACUGUUCCUCCUGGGUUUCCAGCUUUUCCCUCGGGUUUCGCAGGACUCUCUGGAAUCUCUACUGUUGCAUCGCCCUCCAUGGGUGUUACCGGCAACACUGCUGCUUCUUUUAUCCCUUCAUCAAGUAUUCCCUUAGCCUCCUCUUCAAACACAUUCACAAAAAUUCCCAAGCUACAACUUACAGCCUUUGAUGGAGGAAACCCACUGGACUGGAUCUUCAAGGCGGAGCAGUUCUUCAACUUCCAUCAAACACCUCCUGCUCAACGCCUGGAAAUGAUAGCUUUCUACAUGUCCGGCGACGCCCUCAGUUGGUUCAAAUGGAUGUUUACGAACCAACAACUCACCACCUGGCCUGAGUUCACCCGAGCACUCACAAUGCGAUUUGGUCCUUCCUGUUAUGAAAACCCACAGCAAGAAUUAUUCAAGUUAAAGCAAAUCACAACAGUCCAGGAAUACCAAUCAAGGUUUGAACGUUUAUGCAAUCAGGUCAUUGGUUUAUCUGCUGAAACAAUUUUAAAUUGUUUUAUUUCUGGUUUAAGUCCUGCUAUUAAGAGUGAACUAGCUAUCUUGCGACCCUACUCAGUUUCUAAUGCUAUCGGUUUGGCCAAGUUAGUAGAAGCCAAGCUUAAAGACACCCUCACAACUCCUAAACCCUCUCCUUACAAAUUUCCACGACCUGCAAACUCUUUUGCAUCCCCACUUACCCCAAAACCGCCAACACUCACCACCCCAACAGCUCAACCAGCCCAAACACCAACAAACCAACCCAAACCAUCAUCCCAAUACUCACUCAAACGCCUAACCCCAACCCAAAUGCAGGAGCGCAGAGCACUUGGCUUAUGUUACAAUUGUGAUGAGAAAUAUGUUCUCGGCCACCGAUGCCAAACAAAGCCAUUUUUAUUAUUACUAAUAGAUGAAGAGGUUGAUAAUGCAAUACCAGAUACUCAGCCAGAUACACACUUACUUGAGGAGGUGGAAGUUCAAGUUCAAGAGGAGGAGCCCUUACAUUUUCAGCUUUCUGAUUGUGUGGUGCAUGGUGUACCUUCUCCAAAAGCCCUGAAAUUCAAUGGCACUGUGUUAGGACACAACGUGCGUGUGCUGGUUGAUACAGGCAGCACUCACAACGUGAUCCCCCCUCGUAUUGCAGCGUUCUUACGCUUGCCGGUUCAGCCCAUACCCAGUUUCUCAAUCAUGGUAGGCAAUGGGGCUUACCUCACUUGUUCUGGCUUGGUUUCUGACAUCCCAUUAAUGAUUAAGGGACACAUUUUUCGGGUGCCCUUUCAUAUCAUGGAGAUCCAAGGAGCUGACCUUGUGUUGGGAUUGGAGUGGUUGAGGACUUUGGGACCAACCACAUCAGAUUAUGCAGUGCCCUAUAUGACCUUCCAGGUUGAUGGCGCGCCAUUCACCUUAACCGGGGAACCCUUCCAACCCCCUACAGCUGCAUCUUUUAAUCAAUUGCAGCGCAUGUUACAAUCUGAUGUAGUGACUGAAUGUUUGACUGUGGCUUUCACACCAACAUCUACUGAUGACACAGCACAAUUCCUUCAGCUCACCAACUUCACAGAGGCAAACCAAGAUAUGGAUCCAACAUUGUGGGACUUGCUUAAGGAAUUUGAGUCUGUUUUCUCUACACCACAAGGACUACCUCCACCAAGGGAGCAUGACCACCACAUCACCUUGCUCCCUAAUUCCUCACCGGUGAAUGUGCGCCCAUAUCGGUACCCCCACACACAAAAGGAAGCCAUGGCUGCCUUGUUGUCCGAUAUGCUGAAGGAAGGGAUUGUCAAGCCUAGCACGAGCUCUUUCUCAUCUCCCGUGCUACUAAUCAAGAAGAAGGAUGGAUCUUGGCAGUUUUGCGUGGACUACCGCAGCCUUAACUCCAUCACCAUAAAAGAUAAGUUCCCAAUCCCUACAAUAGAUGAAUUGCUUGAUGAGUUAGGAGGUUCAACAAUAUACACUAAGAUUGAUUUAAGAUCUGGCUUUCACCAGAUUAGAGUUGUACCUGAGGACACUCAUAAAACAGCGUUCCAGACGGUUGAUGGUCACUACGAGUUCUUGGUUAUGCCAUUUGGGCUCACAAAUGCCCCGUCAACGUUCCAACAUGCAAUGAAUGAUCUCCUCCGCCCUUUUCUGCGGCGUUUUGUAUUGGUAUUUUUUGACGACAUCUUGAUCUAUAGUCCCACCUUCGCUGCUCAUUUGGAACACCUCAGAACAGUGUUAAGAACUUUGUUGGCUAACAAAUUUUAUGCCAAACUCUCAAAAUGUGACUUUGGUGUAAACACUGUGCAUUAUUUGGGGCAUGUGAUAUCAGCUUCUGGAGUAGGUCCAGAUCCCAACAAAAUUCAAGCCAUUCUAGACUAG